AUGAGUGACGAUCCGCCAGCGCCUCUCGUAAAUGAGCGCCCGUCAGCGAAUUUGGCCAAGCAGGUAAAUGCGCCACAAAGCACACCGGACACACAGAUUGUGCGAUUGCAGCAAAAAAAGCCGACGCGGGCCUUAUCGCUGCGGACAGCAGCGCUUUUCGUGUCAGCGAGCAUUGCCUUAGCCGCAAAAUGGAGCUACGGCGCGCCGGAAACAUUUGACCCUUCCGACUUCAAGGCACGGACAGAACACAUCCUCAGCACCACGCCACUCAUUGAUGGACACAACGACUUGCCCUACCUGUUCCGCUUACAGCUAGAUAAUAAAAUAUAUGACCAGGAGUUCUCAUUUCAGACAGGAUUGGGGUCACAUACAGACCUGAAGCGGAUGCGGGAAGGCCGCGUAGGGGGGCAGUUCUGGUCUACCUUUAUCGACUGCCCCGACAUUGUUCAUAUGGACGAUCCAAAUCAUGCCGUGAGAGAUACUCUUGAGCAGAUCGACGUCGCAAAACGGCUGAUCGCCGAGGUGCCAGACUUGGAGUUUUGUGACAACUCCAAAUGUGCUCGGCGGGCAUUUAAGCAGGGCAAGAUUCCCUCCAUGCUUGGCGCAGAGGGUCUGCACCAGGUCGGCUCUGCCCUCGCAGUAAUCCGACAGUUCCACAGUCUCGGCCUUCGGUACAUCACCCUCACACACAACUGCGACAACGCUUUUGCCACGGCCGCGACCACGGUGACGGAAACGGGAAAGGACAGCGGCCUGAGCGAGUUUGGCGUCGAGGCUAUCAAGGAGAUGAACCGCCUUGGCAUCAUGGUCGACCUCGCCCAUGUCUCUCACCGAACCAUGCUUGAGGCCCUGGACGUGACCCGCGCGCCCGUCAUCCUUUCGCAUACGGGUUGCCACGCACUUGCAAAAAGCAACCGCAACGUGCCCGACAGUGUUCUACGACGGCUCCCAAGUAACGGAGGCGUGGCCAUGAUCUAUUUCGUCCGAAAGUUUAUCAAGCCGGACGACCCAGACAAGGCCUCGGUGGAUGACGUGGUGGACCACAUUCUUCACGUCGUCAAGGUCGCGGGCUGGGAUCAUGUUGGUAUUGGUGGUGAUUUUGACGGCACUGGAUAUGUGGUUCACGGUCUUGAGGACGUGUCCAAAUAUCCACGGCUGAUCGAGGCUCUCCUGAGACGGGGGGCGACUGACGAGCAAGUGAAGAAGCUUGCGGGUGAAAACAUCUUGCGCGUGUGGCGCCAGAAUGAGAUCGUCUCCGAGACCAUGAAAAAGGCUAUGAAACCGGUAGAGGCCGUAUGGGAGGGGAGGCAGCCGUCAGCAUCAUUCGAGGGGUCAGCAUUGUUGCCCAGAUUAAAACCACACUAUUAG